AUCAAGGAAUGCAACGACAAAUGUUCAUGCAAUGCCUCGUGUCCAAACCGGGUGAGUCAACGACCUUCUAUGGCACGUUUAGAUGUAUUUUGGUGUGGUGAGCGCGGAUGGGGUGUUCGAACAAAAAAUCGUCUACCAGCUGGUGCAUUUGUCUCCAAAUAUUUCGGAGAAGUGAUCACUGAGGCUGAAGCAGCAAGCAGGAAUAAUGAAAGUCGCGAAUAUCAUUUUGCAAUGGAUUUCAAUGAGGGAUUACUUAAUGACCAAGGGAUUCCGAUAAAAAUCAUUGAUGCGUACAAGUGCGGCAAUGUAUCUCGAUUUUUCAACCACUCGUGUGUUCCUAAUAUGGCAUCGUACUGUGUACAAGUCGAUUCGGUAGACCCUGAUGUACACCAUAUUGCAUUUUUCACAGUUCGACCUAUUGCUGCAGGAGAAGAAUUGACAUUCGAUUACAGCAAUUCAUCCGUA